CCCAGCAACGGAACAGAACAAAACAGAACAGAACAGAACAGAACAAAACAAAAGCAGGCUAGACCGGACUCCCUACCGCUUGCGCGUGCCUUGGCUUGGCUUGCACCAUGGGGAAACGCAAAUCGAAAUCGUCCAAGCAAAAGCUGAAGCAAACGAAAAAGAAGUCGUCGUCGGUUCUCGGCAGAGUGGGAGGAGGAGCCAAGAAGCGAACGCUGGCGAACGGCAGCGGCGGUGGCGGCGACAUCCGCCGGGUGUGUUCUCUGCCGAAGGAAAAACCGAAACCGAAACCGAACACGGCACCGCUAGAGAAUCGCAGCAACUCCAAGAACAGCAACCACAAGAUCGCUAACAAGAACAAUAACAAUAACAAUAACAAGAACAACAGAAACGACGACGACGAGCAGGCCGACUUCCAGCGCCAACUGAACUCCCUCGUGGAGCGAUCGAGGGCCUCCGAGAUGUCGGUGUCGUCUCUGUCGAGGCCGCGAACGAGGCUCACCAAGCGCAACCGGCGGCGAAAGGCGAAAGCCGCUGCGGUGACCCCKCUGCAACACGCACAAGCGCAUCCACAAGCGCACGCACAUGCACAAUCCACCGGUCUGCUGCUCGCCGGCAUGAAACCGGCCUCGUUCAGCCUCACCAAAUCGACGAACCAGCUCAUGGAAGAAACGAUGCACCAAAUCGAACAAAUCAUGGCCCCGGCUGCCGRUGGCACCACCGGCUACCACCCCCACAACAACCACAGCGGCAGCAGCCUGGCCCGAGCRGCGGCGGCGUCCGCGGCCGAAAUGACCCCCGUUGCCAGCAACGUCCACAAGACGCACGUGGCAAUGGCUCCGGUCGGAAACCUACCGGGCAUCGGCAUCGGCCUCGGGGACGAUGCGGGGGACUCGUCGCUCUGGAGAAGGGGGGACCAUCGCGCUUCCGACAACGGCGACCCCAAUCGCAACUCCUUUCGGGCCCUGGCGAUGGACGACGACGACGACGACGACGACAAGGGCAACGACAACGGCAACGGCAACGGCAACGGGGAGUCGUCGAAUCCACGGUCCGCGGCCUCUCCCUCCCCCGCGAUCCGCUUUGCCCCGGCAACCUUUUCGGUCGGACAGGGAGGACCCCCCCCAAGGAUUCCCUUGCCGGGAACGUCCGUUCGGUUGCCGACCACGACCCCCCCAUCGACGCCCGCGUCCACGCAACCCUACGGCAGCCGGCAACACCCUUCGUCGUCGGCGGCGGCGAUGAUGGCCCUCUUUGGAACCAUCAACGAGGAAGAAAUCGAGGAGCGGAACUACCAGCAACAGACCAUGCAGCAACACCAGCAACAUCAACAGCGGCGCUACCAYGGAUCCAUGCCCGGAGCGGGCAGCGGGGUCGGAUCCGGACACUGCGGAAACCACAACGGCGUCGACGGCRGCGACGAUCCGGAUCUCUAGCCAGUUGGGGGAGGAACCGAGCCGAACCAAACCAUACCAUACCAAAUCGAACCAAUCCAUCGAUCGGUCUCUGUUCCGUGCGAGCCGGUCGCCGCAAAAGAAUCGGACGGGACGGGACGGGAUGCUUGGUGGGUGAACGGGCAACGCCGCGGUCUGGUGCCCGUAGUGCCUUUUUCCGAAACGGCGAUCCAACCGUGCGGAAUGCGGAACCGGACGAGAGAAAAAAAAGCCGUGGUUGUGGUCCCCUAACAGGCACGCCUUUCCAUCCACAACCUCUACUAGCAAUCCACUCGUGCCUUGGCGAUGGUYUUGCGAGAACGAACGAGUGUACGGUACUAGUAGCAGUCGAAACGAAACAACGCAGGAUCGACUGUGACCGUGGUGCUUCUACUGGUACUACGGCAACAGUGAAUGRGCGAUAUACAGUAAGUGAUAAUCCACCCGCUCACGCACCACGAUUGAAGUAGUUGUAGUGUAAUGAUUCUCGUAACAUGCAUAGUCUCCUAGUAGCAUAGUCUUCUACUCGUUCUCGGUGUGGGUGCGGGUAGCAUUACUAGUGCUACUAGUACCAAUAGUAGCAACCCUGCCAAUUGGUUUGGGACGGAAUCACUAGUACUCGUCGUAUGAUCCAAGAAACGAGGACGUGCAAUGGCAAUUUCGCCAUGAAACGAUGAAAUAAAAUGAAACGAAACAGAGGUGAAUUCUUCUUUUUCGGUGAAACACCGCGGUAGUCCACCACCAGACCAGCAAGCAGUAACUUGGAGUUUCGCCUUGCGGUUUGAGCUAUCUGGGAGUACCGGUACAUACGUAUCGUACUAUAUCAAAAUACGACCGUAUGCGUAGUUCUUAGCCACGUUUCUUAUGCUUAAUAUAUUGUAGUAGUACCUUCGAGAAAGAUUCUACCACUAGUACUUCGUAACUCUCAACGGCAGGCAACAGAAAUUUUCAAUUUUGCAUCCAAAAAACACAUACAUAUUAGGAUAAACGUACGGUUGCGGUAUGUAACCAUUACGGGUACGUACUUAUUGAUAAAGAUUACUUGGAAGGAAGUCAUGAUUGAAAGGCCAGGAUUCAUAAUUGAAUCAUUACGGGUACCUGGUACUUAUUGAUAAAAAUUACUUCGAAGGAACUGCCUCACAGUAAGUACUCGUACGUAGUAAUUCGUUCUUCGAAGGAAGAAAAAAAAUCAAACUCCUAGAACAGCCUCGGAAGGCAUUUUGUUGGUAUCUUACAAAGAGUACCGUACCUAACGAUAGUGUACUACAUCCACUUAUUAUUAUGAAAGAAAAUUCCAGAACGGCGUCGUCGUCGUCGUCUCUCUCUCUCUGUUGUGAAGUGAUGGCAAUCGAAAUGAUAGCGUGAAACAAAAACAUAAUCGACUGCUAAGGUCCAGAGCUUCCGAUCCGAAAGCAGAAACUUGUCGCAGAAGCUAUCACAUGACUACCGAACACACCUAUUACGAAAAAACUGAUGGAUUGAUCGCUUUCCACCGUAUGUAUCACUUCGGAUUGCAAUAACAGAUGGAUUGCGCUCACCUAUACGGUCGGUGCAAAACUUCCCGGAAAGAAUAGUAGUGUACCAAUUGCUCCUCCAUCGGUCCAUGCCACGAAGGGGGGAAAAUCGUGUAAUAUCCAGGCUUCCUGUGCAGUUGCAAACAGCUCGCACGAAGAUGCCCAACAGAGGCAUUUUCGGAUGGUAUCGUCUGCUUCCUCURAAUGAAGGGACGGGCGAUAGUGGCCAGAAAGCGAUCCGACAAACCAYGAUCGAAUAAUAAACUUAAUUUUAGUCU